UCGAAUCCAACUCACCUUCUUCUUCUUCUUCUGUUUAUUAAGUUCAUGUGAUGAUGGCAGCGGAAGGAUUCUGUUGGUGAUCAGGAUUCAGACGACGAAGACGGCGAAAGAUUCAGGUCUCUUGCAUACGCAUACGCAAUCUUACGAGUAUUCACACGGAGUAGAAUUCAUGAAGAAAGAAAUAGCAGUGAAUGCCGAUCAUUAUCGUCAUCAAACUACCGGUCUAGUGAGUUACCGAUCUGCGCCGAGCUCGUUCUUCGCGGAUCUCAUGGAUGAAGGCAACGGAUGUGAAGAUUUAUUUAGUGCCGAUGAAACUGCAUCGAUGAUCGCCAGUUUCAUGGAGUCGACCGGUUCUCUCAGCGAGUCAGGUUCUGGUGAUUUUCUGUUUGAGGCGAAGGUGAAGCCGGAAGAGGCGGAUGAGUGUCCAUUGGUGGUGGAAAACGGGCAUUUAACGUUGGCGUCACGGACGGUUUGCGAACAGAAUCAGACGGCUCGUGAGUUAGAGAGAUCAAUUGGUGCUGGCGGAUUCCACAGGGUUAAAUCGUCGGACGGAGGAAACUACUCGAAUUUGAUGCGGCAGAACAGCUCUCCAGCUGGAUUCUUUUCAUGUCUCAACGAUGGAAACGGGAAAGCAGAUGAGAACUUUAAUGGUAAUAUUAGGGAAGAGAAUCAACCAAUUGCCAGGAUAAGAGAAGUAAAUUUCUCAUCAGCCCAAUGUUUUUCAUCAAGGUUUAUUCCUCAAAAUGAAGAGGAGGGUGUUAUGGAUAGUAAUCUAGAAAGACACUAUCUAGAAGAAAGUAGAAACAUCAAUGGAUAUCAUGUUCCAGAAGUAUUCCAGAGUGAUUCUUGGAUCAAUCCUUCCUCUACUGGAAAGAAAAGAAGAAGAGAAGGAAAUGAUAUGAACGAGAAUGGAAUAUUUAACCAUUCAAGCCAUCAAGAGACUUCAUCAGAGUGGUUGCAGUUUCAGCAAGAUUCUGUCCCCUGUAAGCUUCGUGCGAGAAGGGGUUUUGCAACACAUCCUCGUAGCAUAGCAGAAAGGACGAGGAGAACACGAAUUAGUGACAGAAUGAAGAAGCUGCAAGAUCUAUUUCCAAAUAUGGAAAAGACAAGCAUAUCGGAUAUGUUAGAUUUGGCAGUUGAACACAUUAAGAAUCUUCAAAAGCAUGUUGAUAUGCUAACAGACAACCAAUCAAGGUGCACAUGUUCGACUAGGCAGGCUUGACUUUGUGUAUAGGUAGCUGUAAGACCAUGCUGCGAUCAAAACCAUAAAUGGGAGGACCAUUUACUAGGAAACAUAAACAAGGCUGACCAAGAGUUCUAACAGCUUGACAACAUGCCUGGCUCGGGCCAAUGGGACUAAAUGAGACUACUGCCGGUCUGCAAGGGAUCAGUUGAAUCAUGGUCGAGAAGAAUGAUCUGGAGCAGGUUUGGCUUUCGCCUUGAUCUGCUAGACAAACCAUUACCAACAGCAGUACUAAUGAAAAUGUGUUUGUAUCCUUAAGGAACUUCUUCAUUUCUCCUUCUCCUCUUCUAACA